AUGUCACAACAAAAGAGAAGAGGACAUCGUGAACAACACAUCAAGGGAUAUCACAACAAAAGAGAAGGCGGCAUCAUGGACUGGAACAUCGGGGGAUAUCACAACAAAGGAGAGGGCGACAUCGUGGACUGGAACAUCGGGGGAUAUCACAACAAAAGAGACGGCGACAUCGUGAACCGAACCAUCGGGGGAUAUCACAACAAAAGAGAAGGCGACAUCAGACGGCGACAUCGUGAACUGAAACAUCGAGGGAUAUCACAACAAAAGAGACGGCGACAUCGUGAACCGAAACAUCGAGGGAUAUCACAACAAAAGAGACGGCGACAUCGUGAACCGAAACAUCGAGGGAUAUCACAACAAAAGAGACGGCGACAUCGUGAACCGAAACAUCGAGGGAUAUCACAACAAAAGAGAAGGCAACAUCGUGAACCGAAACAUCGAGGGAUAUCACAACAAAAGAGAAGACGACAUCGUGAACCGAAACAUCGAGGGAUAUCACAACAAAAGAGAAGACGACAUCGUGAACUGCAACAUCGAGGGAUAUCGCAACAAAAGAGAAGGCGACAUCGGGAACCGAAACAUCAAGGGAUAUCACAACAAAAGAGACGGCGACAUCGUGAACCGACACACCGAGGGAUAUCACAACAAAAGAGACGGCGACAUCGUGAACUGGAACAUCGAGGGAUAUCACAACAAAAGAGAAGGCGACAUCGUGAACUGGAACAUCGAGGGAUAUCACAACAAAAGAGACGGCGACAUCGUGGACUGGAACAUCGAGGGAUAUCACAACAAAAGAGAAGGCGACAUCGUGGACUGGAACAUCGAGGGAUAUCACAACAAAAGAGACGGCGACAUCGUGGACUGGAACAUCGAGGGAUAUCACAACAAAAGAGACGGCGACAUCGUGAACCGAAAUAUCGAGGGAUAUCACAACAAAAGGGAAGGCGACAUCGUGAACCGAAACAUCGAGGGAUAUCACAACAAAAGGGAAGGCGACAUCUUGAACCGAAACAUCGAGGGAUAUCACAACAAAAGAGAAGGCGACAUCGUGAACCGAAACAUCGAGGAUAUCACAACAAAAGAGACGGCGACAUCGUGGACUGGAACAUCGAGGGAUAUCACAACAAAAGAGACGGCGACAUCGUGGACUGGAACAUCGAGGGAUAUCACAACAAAAGAGACGGCGACAUCGUGGACUGGAACAUCGAGGGAUAUCACAACAAAAGAGACGGCGACAUCGUGAACCGAAACAUCGAGGGAUAUCACAACAAAAGGGAAGGCGACAUCGUGAACCGAAACAUCGAGGGAUAUCACAACAAAAGGGAAGGCGACAUCUUGAACCGAAACAUCGAGGGAUAUCACAACAAAAGAGAAGGCGACAUCGUGAACCGAAACAUCGAGGGAUAUCACAACAAAAGAGACGGCGACAUCGUGAACCGACACACCGAGGGAUAUCACAACAAAAGAGACGGCGACAUCGUGAUCCGACACACCGAGGGAUAUCACAACAAAAGAGACGGCGACAUCGUGAACCGACACACCGAGGGAUAUCACAACAAAAGAGAAGGCGACAUCGUGAACCGACACACCGAGGGAUAUCACAACAAAAGAGAAAGCGACAUCGAGAACCGACACACCGAGGGAUAUCACAACAAAAGAGAAGGCGACAUCGUGAACCGACACACCGAGGGAUAUCACAACAAAAGAGAAAGCGACAUCGAGAACCGACACACCGAGGGAUAUCACAACAAAAGAGAAAGCGACAUCGAGAACCGACACACCGAGGGAUAUCACAACAAAAGAGAAGGCGACAUCGUGAACCGAAACAUCGAAGGAUAUCACAACAAAAGAGAAGGCGACAUCGUGAACUGGAACAUCGAGGGAUAUCACAACAAAAGAGAAGGCGACAUCGUGAACUGGAACAUCGAGGGAUAUCACAACAAAAGAGACGGCGACAUCGUGAACCGAAACAUCGAGAGAUAUCACAACAAAAGAGAAGGCGACAUUGGAUAUCACAACAAAAGAGAAGGCGACAUCGUGAACCGAAACAUCGAGGGAUAUCACAACAAAAGAGAAGGCGACAUCGUGAACCGAAACAUCGAGGGAUAUCACAACAAAAGAGACGGCGACAUCGUGAACCGAAACAUCGAGGGAUAUCACAACAAAAGAGAAGGCGACAUCGUGAACCGAAACAUCGAGGGAUAUCACAACAAAAGAGAAGGCGACAUCGUGAACCGAAACAUCGAGGGAUAUCACAACAAAAGAGAAGGCGACAUCGUGAACCGAAACAUCGAGGGAUAUCACAACAAAAGAGAAGGCGACAUCGUGAACUGGAACAUCGAGGGAUAUCACAACAAAAGAGAAGGCGACAUCGUGAACCGAAACAUCGAGGGAUAUCACAACAAAAGAGAAGGCGACAUCGUGAACCGAAACAUCGAGGGAUAUCACAACAAAAGAGAAGGCGACAUCGAGAACCGAAACAUCGAGGGAUAUCACAACAAAAGAGAAGGCGACAUCGUGAACCGAAACAUCGAGGGAUAUCACAACAAAAGAGAAGGCGACAUCGAGAACCGAAACAUCGAGGGAUAUCACAACAAAAGAGAAGGCGACAUCGUGGACUGGAACAUCGGGGGAUAUCACAACAAAAGAGAUGGCGACAUCGUGAACCGAAACAUCGAGGGAUAUCACAACAAAAGAGACGGCGACAUCGUGAACCGACACACCGUGGGAUAUCACAACAAAAGAGAAUGUGACAUCGUGAACUGA